UCUGCAUUUGACCUGUAUAUAUAUUCUCUCUAUAUAUAGAGCCUGUCAUGAUAUAAAACUCGGAUUUGUGAACGCUCUUCUCUGCAAGUAGAUUGUGUCUAUAUUAAUUCUAUACGCAAAAGAGAAAAAAUAUAUAUAUAAGCUUUAGCGACUUCUUCAGAUACUAAUUUCAGAAAGGAAAAUGACUUCGAUCAUAGAGAUGAGGGUACAUAUGGAUUGUGCAGGAUGCGAGAGCAAGGUCAAAAAUGCUCUACAGAAACUAAAAGGAGUAGAUAAUGUUGAUAUUGACAUGGAGUUGCAGAAAGUGACGGUCACCGGAUGGGCUGACCAGAAAAAAGUUCUUAAAACGGUGCGUAAGACGGGAAGAAGAGCAGAGUUAUGGCAAUUACCCUAUAAUCCAGAGCACUACAGCUCGUCUGCUCAUUACUAUGAUCAACACCAAGUGAAUGGUCCUCUUAACUAUUAUGCUUCUCAGCCUUCUUCUUCAUAUAACUACUAUAAGCAUGGAUAUGAUAGCAGUGAUCCUGCCUAUUACCGUCAUCCUGUCCAGUCUUCCAUUUUCGGCCACCAAACUGGUGCAGCUUUUAGUGAUGAAAAUCCUCAUAAUUGUUCCAUUAUGUGAUUUUUUUUUUUUUUUUUUUU